UACUCCAAUCGGUGGUGGGUUGUGUUGAUAAUUCUGAACACUUUCUCAUCGCCGUCGGUCCGUCCGUCUGUCUGUCGUCGGUUUCCGCUACUGCAGUGCGUGUGUGCGUGUGUGUGUAUAGAAAGGUACAGAGCAAUUGUACAAGCUUUGUAGUACGUAAAACGGUCCGGCAAAGCGAGGACGAGGCUUGAACGGUUUCGCAAGCUAGGCUCAAACAGCUCUACCCUAUUUUUACAGGCAGCUACACCACUGGCUUUGGAGCAAGUGGUAAAGUGUGUGGUGACAAGACACCCCAGAAAGCCUUGCCUCCCCGCGAGUGUGUCUGGCUGUGAAUAGAUUAAUCUGUGCGGAUAUUUUUUCAAUUAAAGCCAAUCGUUCCCUCACAAAGUGCAAUUGCGAGCGUGUGUGUAUGUGUAUGUGUGUAUGCAAAGGCAGAGAGUAGUCCUUGGACGAGUCGCAGCCCGGUUUUGUGACACCGCCAGUUCAGUGCGUAGGAUGGUGGUUUGUGGCGAAACCCACGGAACUGCUCCGUAGCCAUCCAUUCCACGGCGUAGCGAGGUUGAGUCCAGGGACUGUGUGAAACAGACGGUGCGAGAGGCGUAGAAAAACAUGUAAAGCAGUUGCACGACACAGUGCUUCAGUUCCAUUUUGGUGUAGACAGAGAUAGCAACCGGUACACCCUCCAUUACACCCGUCGGCUGCCGAAACAAUCCGACACCAAAGCACAUACACACUCACACACACAGCACACACCGUGUUUUGGGGUCGGAAAAGAAGAAAGAGCUUAAAACCGUGCACGUAAUGAACACCCGUCCCUUUAACCCUGUCCAGCGCGAAGACGAUACCCUUGGUAUGCCCGGGAGUAGUGGUGCCUAAACGCUAAUAAGCUUCUAAGGUUCGCCCGGACCGGUGGGGCGGUUGGUUGGUUUGUGCUGUUAGUGCUGGCAAGCGAAUGUUGACCCCUUGUGCUGCUCCGUUGCACGCGACCCCACCCGAAAGAGAGGCCAGAAUCGCACGCUCGCCGAGACGACAUUUAUCAUCGCCGUAGUACACCGAAUCACAAAGGAGCGGCCAUCCCCGGCAAACACCAACCCGCCCCCUCUCCCGGAAGGAUGCACUUUUCCAUACCCAGCACGCAAGAGUUCGGUUCCGAUGGGAGCGGAUCAUCGUACACGGGCUUCAACAUUCACAUAAAUGGCAGUUUUCACUGUUGCCUUCGCUACAAGCAGCUACACAGCCUGCACGAGCAGCUGAAACGGUCCCUCCCGUCGAUCGCACUGCCCAGCUUUCCUCCAAAGAAACUGCUCUCCCUCACACCGAACCAAAUCGAGCAGAGGCGGCUCAGCCUAGAGCGCUACAUACAGCUAGUGGGACAAGAUCCGGUACUAUGCCGGUCGGAGCUGUUGCGCGCAUUUCUGCUGAACGCCCAGCAGGAGUCCUCGUUCACCGAGUGCAGCGAGGUAACGCUGGACGUUUACCUCAUGAACGGGUACCGAAUAUCGGCCAGCGUCUACACCACCGACUGCACCGGGAAGGUGCUGGAGAAGGCGUGCGCCCUGAUCGAUCUGCCCAAGGAUCGGGCCUGCUACUUUGCGCUCUACCUGAUGCGCAAGGAGGCAAGCGGUGCGCUGACGAUCGUGAAGCGCCUGAUGGAGUUUGAGGCGCCGUACAUCUCGGCGAAGCGGUGGGACGACUGCAAGCUGGUGCUGCGCACCGGCUACUGGGACGCAUGCUACGAUCUCGAGCUGAUGCGUGACCGGAUCGCGCUCAAUCUGCUCUACCUGCAGGCGAUGAGCGACGUCGAGCGGGGCUGGAUCGUGACGACGCGCGACCAGAGCGAGCAGCUGACGAACAUGCAGGCCCGGGGCAGCAAGAGCGAGUAUCUGGACGUGGUGCGGAAGCUGCCGCUGUACGGGUGUCUGCAGUUUCCGCGCGCCUGCGUCGACUAUCCCGAGCCGAACACGGUCGCGACCGUUGUGCUCGGCAACAAGGAGCUCAACCUGCUCACGUACGUCGGCAAGGAGAUGCAGGAAACCAAAUUCAAAGUCACGCGCAUCCGGUGCUGGCGUGUCACCCCCAUUCAUAUUAAUGAGGACAAUCAAUCCUCCACCGGUGGUGGGUACGGUCGACAGCAACAAUCAUCAUCGCAUGCGUCGUCGCACCAGCAACAACAAUCAUCAUCAUCGUCCACGAUCAGCCUGGAGCUGUCGUUCGAGUACUUGAUGGCGAAGAACCAGCUCAAGUGGAUCACCAUCUACAGCGAACAGUCGAUGCUUAUGUCCGUGUGCCUUCAGUCGAUCGUCGACGAGCUGCUCAACCAGAAGAAUGGGUCCGAUCCCGCACACCUGCAGAAUCCACAGCAUGUGGAGUAUGCACCACUCUCCUACAUUCGGCGGGAUGGAUCGAACCAUUGCAUUACCGACUCUAGUUCAACCGACACUCUCUGCAAUCUAGUAAAUAAUGAUAGUAGUAGCAACAACGGAACAUCGACGCAACAACACUCCACUAACAACGGGUCUUCCUUUAUCCGGCGCAAGCUGAAGGAGUUCAACACGACGGUGCGCUUCAAGAACGGCAAGGACUCGGUGCAGAACGAAGCGUUCGAGUGGAUCGGCGACGACGAUCUCUAGAAGCCGGCUCGCCACCCAGAAGCACAGUGACAUUUUGAUAUCGAAUUUACUCUUUACCGAGACACAAGCGGUGUUGUGUGCGCGCUGCUGCGUGCUGCGUGAGAGCUUAAGCGCCUCCUCCUUUCGGUUCCUCCGGUUUUUUUUUCGUUACUCGUGCUCGUAAUACGGUUUAAGAUAUAUGUAGAUGGUGGUGAUUAGAUAAUCUAUCCUUCCAUUUUGCUGGACCACUUUUUUCCGGCAUGGUUUCGCUUACAUUGUGUUUUCAAAUUGCGAAGCAAUACCGGCGACCACUAAAUUACAUUCACCAAUGGUGUUAACGUGUAAAAAGUUGGAUCAUGUCUCUUUUUCCAAAUCGUUUAGAAAAGGGUUUUGAUUAGCAAUUAUUAGGUGUGAAACGAAAAGGUUCGCACCAUUCUCGCGCUGCCUAUCAUUGUAUGUUAGUUAUAUCUACAGGGACGUGAUAGCAGAAAGGGUUACAUGCACACAGGGUGGACCUAGUAAAUCUCCUAACACGAGCGUAUUUUGUAUUCUGUGUAAUCAUGUGUCGUAGGGGCGGCGCAACAAUUGCGCAUAAAAAAGGCACACACGGACGCAUGGUGCCGAAAUAAACAGCGAAACGAAAGCUGAUCGAGAUUGACGAUGCUUCAUA